AGAAAUUCUAUUUGUCGGAAGCUUGGUAAUAAUAGCUCCCGCCGUGCCUUACAUCGUAUUCACGUACGAACUGGUCAUCCGCGCAGACCCAUCUUACUAACUCUCACACAUACCAACCCAUGAAAACAACUGAUUAGCUAAUUAAUUGAAUAAACCCUCCAGUAAUUUCGCUGACCGCUGGCAUUCUCUUUUCCCCUAACUUCGCCAAUUUCCUCCGCCCGCUUGACUAUGCCCAAGGCUCCCCCGCUGCCGUGGAGACUAUAACACUCUACUUCUCCCGCCUCGUUCUAGGCGUCCAACUCGUUCUCGCAGGCGUACAACUACCCAGCCGUUACCUAUUCAAAGAAUGGAAGAGUCUCUCACUCCUGCUCGGCCCCGGCAUGCUGGCCAUGUGGCUCUGCAGUAGCCUAGUGAUCUUCAUGUUGGUACCCAACUUACCGUUCCUACAUGCCCUGGCGAUUGCGGCCUGUAUUACACCCACGGACCCAGUACUGUCGAAUUCUAUUGUCAAGGGGAAGUUUGCGGACAGGAAUGUGCCGCGUGGCUUACAGAGGAUCAUUAUUGCGGAAUCCGGGGCGAAUGACGGGCUUGGGUAUCCGUUUUUGUUUUUUGCGAUUUACCUGAUUCAGUUUGUUGGGGUAGGUGAAGGCGAGGGCACAGGACAAUUUGAAGGGGGCGCCUGGAGUGCAAUUGCGCUCUGGUUUGGAGAAACGUGGGGGUAUACUAUUCUGCUGAGUGUUGUGUACGGGGCGGUAGUGGGAUGGUUGGCAAAAGAGCUAUUGCAUUGGGCGGAGGAGAAGAAGUUUAUUGAUCGAGAGAGCUUUUUGGUAUUUGCGAUUGCUUUGGCUCUUUUCAUCAUCGGGACAUGCGGAAUGAUAGGCAGUGAUGACGUUCUCGCCUGCUUUAUUGCCGGCAACGUAUUCACCAUUGACGACUGGUUCCGCCUAGAAACGCUCGACGAUUCCCUCCAACCCACCAUCGACAUGCUUCUCAACCUCUUUGUCUUCAUGUGGUUCGGCGCUGUGUGCCCCUGGGGGAAAUUCUUACAAAACGACGUCAUCUCUAUACAUCGACUCAUCUUCCUCGGUAUCCUCAUCUUACUCUUUCGUCGCAUUCCCAUAAUCUUCGCAAUGCACAGAUACAUCCGGCAGAUAGAACACUUUCGGCAAGCCGCGUUCGUGGGUUUUUUCGGACCCAUUGGUGUCAGUGGCAUUUUCUAUUUGUAUAUCAGCCGUGAGUAUCUCAGUCGUUGGAUUGUGCCUGAUGGUAGUGGGAGGGUGAGAGAGGAUGCAAUUGCGCUGUCGGAAGAGAUUGAAGUAAUUGUGUGGUUUUUAGUGGUUUGUAGUAUUAUGGUGCACGGCCUGUCAAUACCUCUCGCGAAACUCUGCAUUCACCUACACCGCACCCUCUCCAGAGCUCUAAGCUACAGCUCAAACGUCGACAGCGAUAACAACUACUCUUCCCGCCUAUCGCGCAUGUUUCUGCCAUCAUUAACCAGGCCUACUUCCAUGCACAGCUCGAACCGCCACGAACCGCCUAGACCAGCUGUUUAUUUGGGAACAGGACGGUCUAUUAUUCCCCAGGGGGACGCGGAGGAGGCAGAGGAAACAGAGAGCUUAUUGGGCAUCAAGGCGACGGCAGAGACGGGGAAUGAUACCACGAUGGAACCAGCGGGGCGGGCGCAGGUGGAAGAAAAUGGACGAGACACAACGGAAGACUGGCCGCACACUAAACCGGUAUUAACGUCUCAUCCUGUAUCCACGCCUAGCUGUAUCGUUAAUGACAGCAACACCGGCGAUAAAUCCGGUAGUAGUCUGGGAGAAAGCAGAAGCGGUGGUAACAGCUACUCGAAGCGGGACAUUGGCAAUGGGAGUCGCAUGCAGAGUUAUGGGGCCACUUGUCCUGGCUGAAGCCCAGGAGUGGGCAAGGGGCCGGAGUUGAAAACUUGAACCUGGGCUAGCAUGUUCGUUUUGCGGAAAGUAGGUUCAAAACUCUCAAGUCAUGUGGAUUCAAAUUAAAUCUGGUCAGCACGGGGGGGGGGCCUUGUCAGAGCUUUCAGGAGAAAGGUGUUCUUGCUUCUAUAUUUACCCUAUACCAUUCAUUCUUGGAUUUGUGAAGGCCCGGGCUUCUUCAUUCAUCCGGGAAGUCCAAUCCAGAUUGUCUUGGCCUCUACUUUAACUGAGAAUGGCAGCAUACAGUUCGGUCCCUUUUAUUUUCGCUUUACUAGACCUUUAUUGUGCCUAUACCUAUGAGACGACCAGAUACAAAAGGUGCAUAAUAAUGACUUAAAGAACGGAGUUAAUGGAGAAUUAUUAGCAAUACCGUACUUGAUGCGAAUAUAGUAAUGUACAAUAUGUAGGAUAUGAAACUCCAGAACAAGGAGACCACUAAGUAGUGUUUCAAGGAGGAAUAUCCAAGAUACCUAUUUAAACUCUCGUCAAUGU